AUGGCUGACCCAGAAAGCCAGUACGAUUUCGCGGAUGAUGGUGCCGACGAUGACCAGUCGCUCAUUUCGACCCGCGGCCUCGAGGCAUUCAGCAGAAAAGUAACAACGACCGCUAGCCACCUCAUGGGCCCCGUCAAUGCCGACGGCGCAUCCACGCACUACCAGGCUGCCAUGGCCGAGGUACACAAGCAGCUCAAGAGGCCGACUGUCCAGCGCAGCAUGUUUGCCAUGGCCAGAACCACGCCCACCGAUCUUGUCCGUUCCAAGCUCUCCCGCGCGGAAAUUCAGCAUCGCGCCCUGACGACCCUCCCCGACCAUCUCCUCUCCAACAUCCCCGACCACGAAAACAGCUACUCGCUCUUCCAGGGCUUCCAGGCCAGCUUCCCCGAGCUCACCGACGAGGGCAAGAAGCAUCGACGACGCGUUUCGAGGGGGAGGAAGCUGCUCGAGGAUGGCACCGCCCUUUCAGAGACUCACCGGCUCAGCAAGGCCAGGAAGGAAAAGGCCGCCAUGAUGCACGAAUUUGACUUGCUCGCUGUGCGCAAAAACAUGGCUAGUGGUGAGAUUCACGAUAUCGACAACAAAAUCGCCAACCUACAUGGCAUGCGCCGAAUCAUCAUGGAGAGACUAGCAGGCUUGGAACAAGAAGAGGCACUCCUUGAACAUGACAUUCUUGAUGUCGAAGGAAGAAUAGAGGCCGCCCAGGCGCUUGUUGAUGAGGCCGAGGAAAUCGCAAAGAACACACCCACCCGAGAUGAAGUUGACCUCGUUGGCGAUGCUGACGAUCACGACGCUGAAUUCAUGUCGCAAUCCGUAUACGACAAAAUCCCCAGCUCUACCUCUAGCAAACCCCCGAAAAGACCGAAAAAGGUUCGCCGCCGUAAAUCUAUGCCCAUUUUACACGAGCAUUUUGAGGCUGGCUCCAACAUCCGCGAAAUCCGAGCUCACAACGACACAAUCACCUCCCUCGACUUUGACGCGCCUUUCGGCGUCAUGGUAACUGCUGCCCUCGACGACACGGUUCGCGUGUGGGAUUUGAAUGCGGGUCGCUGUAUGGGCCACCUCGAAGGCCACAAUGCGUCAGUCCGCACAUUACAAGUUCAAGACAACAUCCUGGCGACCGGCUCAGUAGAUGCUACUAUCAAACUAUGGGAUCUGAGCAAAUCACAAUACGACCCGCAAGGUGCCAGUGGACACGGGGAGGAAGACGAGGAUGCCAUCGCGUUUGAGAACCCCAAUGACCAGUACGUUGAGCCACCUCAGGGUAGCAUGGACGACUGCGAGCUCUUUACGCUGCAGUCGCACGUUGGGGAAAUCACGGCUCUUCACUUCCGUGGCGAGACUCUAAUCUCUGGAUCCGCGGACAAGACGCUGCGCCACUGGGAUUUGGAAAAGGGCCGCUGUAUCCAGACGCUGGAUGUCAUGUGGGCGGCCGCGCAGGCUUCUGCCAACCCUAGCACGUCGGAUGCCGGUUGGAGGCCUACAGGCCGUUCACAAUCCAGCUCAGCUGAUUUUGUCGGCGCCCUGCAGCUAUUCGAGUCGGCGCUGGCGUGUGGUACUGCGGACGGCAUGGUGCGUCUGUGGGAUCUGCGCAGCGGACAGGUACAUAGAAGCCUUGUCGGCCAUACUGGAGCCGUAACAUGUCUUCAGUUUGACGACGUGCACCUGGUCACUGGAAGUUUGGACAGAAGCAUAAGAAUUUGGGAUCUGCGGACUGGAUCUAUAUACGAUGCAUAUGCAUAUGACAACCCUAUUACGAGUAUGAUGUUUGACGCGAGGAGGAUUGUUAGUGCAGCGUGCGAGGAUGUUGUCAAGGUGUACGAUAAAGUAGAGGGAAGGCAAUGGGACUGCGGCGCAGGCGUCACGGCGGCCGAAGAGGGCAGGAAGACGUCGAUUGUGGAGCGUGUGCGUGUAAAGGACGGUUACAUGGUAGAGGGCAGACAGAACGGUAUUGUCGGCGUGUGGACAUGUUAG